AUGCCGCUGCGGCGGCUGCAGAUCCCCUGCCGCACGCGCGCCGCGGCCACGCUCUCCUCGGUGGCCGCUCACCACCUGCUCGACGGAAUCCCCCGCCCAAACAGCAAUAUCAACAGAAGCAGCACGCCUCCCCCCUCGCUCCACCCGGGACAUCCCGUCUCCUGCUCCCCCUUCGCAUUCACCGCCGCCGUCGCCUCGUCCGGCCCGGCCGCCCUCCCGGCGCUCCACGCGCUCGCCGUCGCGUCCGGCCUCGACGCCUUCGCGUUCGUGUCCAACUCCCUCGCCGCCCGCUACGCCAAGACCGGCUCUUUCCCCUCCGCCGCCAGGGUCUUCCACACCGCCCGGGCGCGGGAUGCCAGCUCCUACAACACCAUCCUCUCCGCGCUCCCGGACCCGGCCGAGAAACUCACAUUCCUGUCGUGGAUGCUCCGGUCCGGCGAAGUGCGGCCCGACGCCGUCACGUUCACCGUCGCGCUCUCGCUCGCCGCCGGCCGCGGGGAGGACGGCCUCGGCCUCGCGCGGCAGCUCCACGCGCUCGCGUCGCGGGCCGGGCUCGCCGCCGACCUGUUCGUCGGCAACGCACUCGUCACGGCCUACUCCCGGGGAGGGCUCCUGGACGCGGCCAGGAGGGCGUUCGAGGAGUUGCCGGCCAGGGACCUCGUCUCCUGGAACGCCAUGAUCUGCGGCUUCGCGCAGGACGGCGACUCCCCGGCGGAGGUCGUCCGGGUAUUCCUCCGGCUGCUCAAGGACGGCGCCGCACGCCCCGACCGGAUAUCCGUGUGCAGCGUCAUCCCGGCUUGUGGCGGCGAGGGCAAACUCCAGCUUGGCCGGCAAGUCCACUGCUUUGCGGUGAAGCUGGGCGUCCACGGGCACGUCUCCGUCGGCAAUGUGCUCGUCGCCAUGUACUACAAGUGCGGCGCUCCCGGCUGCGGCCGGAAGCUCUUGGAGUCCAUGGACGAGCGCGACGUCAUCUCGUGGACCACGGUCAUAUCAAUGGACGCUGAAAAGGACGCCAUCACGCUAUUCAACAGCAUGAGGCGCGACGGCGUGUCGCCCAACGAGGUCACCUUCGUGGCGUUGAUUUCGGCGCUGCCGGCAGGAUGCCCGGCGAGGGACGGGCAGAUGAUUCACGCGGUGUGCCUCAUGACCGGCUUGUCCGACAAGGUUGCCGCGUCCAACAGUCUCAUCACCAUGUACGCCAAGCUGCGGCGCAUGGAGGAUGCACGCAUAGUGUUCGACCUCAUGCCUUGCCGGGACAUCAUCGCUUGGAACGCUCUCAUCUCGGGCUACGCGCAGAACGAGCAGUGCACCGACGCUCUCGAGGUCUUCUCAUCGAUGGUCAGGUGCCUGAGACCCAGCGAGACCACGUUUGCGAGCGUCAUCAGCGCGGUCACCGCCGUCGAGACGGUCUCCAUGACCUACGGCGAGGCAUAUCACUGCCAGACUCUCAAGCUUGGGCUCGGCGCCAGCGAGUAUGUCUCCGGCACUCUCAUCGACAUGUACGCCAAGCGUGGCAGCUUGGAACAAUCACGGAAAGCAUUCGAAGGGGCAGCCCACCGGAGCCUCAUUGUGUGGACGGCGAUGAUCUCAGCGAACGCCAAGCACGGGAGCUAUGACGCUGUCAUGCGCCUCUUCGACGACAUGGUGCGCUCCGGCGUCGCACCAGACGGCGUGGUGCUUCUCUCCGUCCUCACAGCCUGCCGCUACAGCGGGGCGGUCGACACUGGCAAACAGAUCUUCGACUCGAUGGUUGCUGAGUACCGCAUCGAGCUCUGGCCAGAGCACUACGCGUGCGUUGUCGACAUGUUAGGCCGAGCAGGGAGACUGGAGGAGGCAGAGGAGCUCAUGCUGAAGAUGCCAUCUGGACCGAGCAUCUCGGCUUUACAGAGCUUACUUGGAGCCUGCCGAAUCCAUGGCAAUACGAGCAUUGCCGAGAGGGUCGCCAACAUCCUGACUGAGACAGAGCCGGCAGAGUCUGGCGCCUACGUGCUGCUCUCCAACAUCUAUGCUGAGAAGGGGGACUGGAGAGGCGUUGCAAAGGUGAGAAGGCAGAUGAGGGAGAGGGGCGUGACGAAGGAGAUUGGGUUCAGUUGGGUGGACUUUGGCGCCGGCACCAGUGAGUCCAUGCAUUUGCACAAAUUCUCAUCAGACGACACCACGCAUCCGCUCGCGGAAGAGAUAUGCAGAGUGGCCGAGGAGUUAGGCUGGGAGAUGAAACUUAUGAAGAACCAUUUGUGCAUGGAAAAGGCAAGUGUUUUCUGA